AUUUCCCCGUUGGAGACACACCAGAAGCUUAAUGAGGUCUCUGUCAUCACAGAGGAGCACAUGCUGGUGGUGAGACUGCUGGUGAAGCACAUGCAUGCCCUCUCUGGAAACACAAAACUAGACCAGACUGAUAUCUUACCUUCUGCCACCUCAGAAACCUAUCUCUCAGAAGAUUUAAAAAGAGUGGUCACAUCAGAAUAUGUACAGAGGUUGUACCUUCUCUUGCUGCACUGCUUCAAACAGUGGCCUAUGGAGACGUCCUUCAGAGCAGUAUUGGAGACGUGGCUUAUUUACAUCCAGCCCUGGAGAUACCAAAAACAUGUCCACAGUGAAAGCAAAGAGAAAUGGGCCUCUUUCAUUCAGGAGAAUAUUCUCAUGUACACCAAACUAUUCAGCUGCUUCUUGAAAAGAUUUGCACAUGUUGACCUCGUCAACAUCGACAAUGCAACCAUGGUUUUCAGGAUGGCAAAAGUAUUUGCCCAACCCAAUCUUCCAGAAUUGAUUGAAAAUGGAGAAAGACUGUUAUUGCAUCAGGGUCCCCUCUUCCCACCCACUCUGAUGGCAUCUCAGGUGCAGCCCACUGAAAUAGCUGCUCUGCCCCUGCCCAAGACUCACAUCAAUAACAAGAACCUACAGAUGUUUGGGGUAGAAAUGCGAGCUGAGGUGCUGAAACUGGUCCAGAGACUAAUGCAGGCCCAACAGACUGCAAAAACAAUGUUGGAUCAGCCAGGCAAUGUAUCAGUUGGUCAGUUUCUCUGUUCCUGGAUGAGGUUGAUUCCUAAAACCAACUCAGAAAGUGGGAGGAAUGACAUGACCAAGUCUGACAUGAAGACCGUGGAGCUACUAAAGAAAGCUGUGGAACACCUCAAUCAUGUUUUCAACCUCAACACAGGUCAUCUAUCUCAGAUGAUGAACAUGGGGUCAGUGGAGGAAUCCAAACAGCUCCCUGACUGUAUUCAGAGUGAAACCGGGCUGAUCCUGACAGACCUUGGCAGAAUGCAGAUUAUCAAUGGCCUUCGCAGAUUUGAUAUUGAGUAUCAAGGGGACCCACAGCUGCAGCCUGUGAGAAGCUAUGAAAAUGCAGUCUUUGUGCAGCUUAUGUUUUGGAUCGCCACACUAAUCAAUAACAGACUUGAAGGACACAUGAACGAUCUAUGCUCACAACAUAACCUGUUGGGAAGGCUGGGACAACACUACCUUAUCACCUCCACUGUAAAAGGAAGGUUCCCAAAGAGUACAGUGACACAGCAAAGCCAGGAGGACUACCACCUGCGGCCACGCCUUAGCCUGCGCACAUUUUCCAGUUAUCGCACAUUACUCAUUCUCCUCUUACUCUACUCGCUGGGAUCUCUGUUUUCUAUUAGCCCACUGCUCAGCACAUGCCUCAUCUUAAUGGUGAGCUUUUUGUAUGGACUGUGCAUGACUGUCUACGUGGGAAAGUAAAAAACGUUCUUCUGGGUAAGUGUGUGUGUGUUAUACCUAAUAAAAUUAUGUUGAACACACCAAUUGACUGAUAAUUACGGGGUUCAUGGUGAUUUCUUAUUGUUUUCCUUGACAUGGUCAAAUAACUCAAGCAUAGACUGGUAACUUUUUUCAAAUUUGGCACACAGAAACUAGAGACCAUGAGUAACAUGUUAAAAAAGAAUGGCACUCAUUGGCCUAUAGUUGGCGCUAUUAUAACCAGUCUAACUUAAACCCUCAUAUCCGUCGCCCCGUUUGACCUAGAGACUUGAUACUUUGUACGUAAAUGUCUUUCCUCAUGCUGAACAAAUUUACCCCAAAGACCCAUAAGGACAAUCAGGAUAGAUUUUCUUCCAUCUUAGACAUUUUGGAAAAUGUAUUCUCAUCAAACCAUAACUCCAAAAUGUGGU